CAAACCCUACUUGCGGAUUAAGUCCUAUAAAACCAUCUUCUCAUCAUCACCUUAAUCACAUCUCUCCAUUUGCUAUUAGGGUUUCCUCCACUGCUUAAGAUUAUUCAUUGGUCAACUGUCUUGAUCGCAAAAUUCCAAUGGAGACUCCAUCAUCGACCAGAAGAGUAACCAGAUCCCAGGCCAAAGCCGCUGCUUCUGCAAACACCUUUACUACCAAUAACAUCCCCAUUUCAAAGAUGAGACUAGAAGAAUCUGAAAAGAAGAAGGGGAUGAAAUGCGGACAGAGGAAUGAUACUCAACAGCAAGAAAGAGGUGCACUUCUUGACAUCACAAACGAUUCACCUAUUAUAGGGCUGGCAAUGGGGGGUUCCGCAAUAUCAACAUCAUCAGCAAUGGUGUCCAAGAAGAGGGUGAUGACGGUGAAAACUACUAGCCCGGGAUCGGGGGAGGCUCUCUUGAGAGGACAAGUCAAGAACUUGUUGCAAAAGGUCGAAGAAGAUGAGUCACAUUUUGUCUCGAUCAAACAAGUCUCAAUGGCAAACAACAACAACAGACCCUUCCUUCACCUUCUUCAAAGUCCAAUGCAUCUUUUUCUUGCCCCAACCCCUGCAAACACACCCCAUCUAAAUCCUCCUGAUAAUAUGCUGCCCUCUGUCACUCCAACACCUGUUGAAGACAAGCUCACUAUCUCUCAGCUGAACGGAGAAGAUGAGAGUAAGGUGACAAGGUCGCUGCUGCUGGAGUUUUCAGAGAAGUCGGAGGGGUACGAUUCAUCAUCAGUGGUGACAAAUGAGACUGUGGUAACAACAACAGGAGGAGGGGGGGAAGAUGAUGUCUCAUCAUCUGUUUGGUCUGUCCAGGCCAUUGCUGCAAGUGUUGGAGACGAGGGUUCUGAAGAAGAAGAAGAAGAAGGGUGGGUUGAAGAGCUUUGCCAGGGGAUGAGCAAGAUCUGCUUCAACACUAGUAGUAAUUACAAUGGAGGCAACAGGUUUAUUGCAGCUGCAGCAGGGAAGCAUACCCGCUUCCUGUACAACAGUGACGGUGAGAUUGAAGGCGUGGAGGAAGAGGAGGUGCAGCCCAAUGCUCUGCUUCUCAAGGGUUUGCCACAGCCUAAUGGGAAGCAUCUUCGUUUCAGUGAUGAUGAAGAAGAAGAAGAAUAAGGGAGAGAGGGGAUCAUACAUAAGUGCCUGCAUUCUCCCAACUUGUUUUAUUUGUUUUUCUCCCUCUUAUCUUUUUUGUAAUGAACGGCAAGACACAGUGUCGUCAUUCAGUACUUCUGAAAAUGAAACACUGAUGUCGUCUUUGUUUCUAUUUUUAUUUCUAUGUUUCGGUAUUUGAUUAAAAUGACGUUAACAGACCCCCCCCCCCCCCCCCCCUCAUGGAGUUCCAUGGCCUCUUCUUGAAUAUAAAAGUGAACUCUGUUAGAAAAUUUUAAUAACUUUCUACGUAUAAUCUUCAUAUUUGAAC